GAGGAGCGCAGUGAUGAGAGCCGGUAUGAAAGAGCAGCAGCGCACCGGGGGAUAAACACUGAUAACACCGAAUACAUCCACUUAUCACGCAGGACUGGCCACAGUUACAUGAACACAUCACGACUACGUGCAGACAAACAAGUUAAACCCUGACGAAGAGAUGGGUGGAGGUGGACAUCGGGGUGAGCAGCUGGGGUCAGGAGAAAACGGUAUUUGUGCUCAGUAUACCUGGGAGGAAGUGCAGAAACACAUUCGCAGGGGUGAUCAGUGGCUGGUGAUCGAGAGAAAAGUGUACAAUGUGAGCGAGUGGACAAAGAGACAUCCUGGAGGACGCAGAAUCCUUGAACACUAUGCUGGCGAGGAUGCAACGGAUGCGUUUGCAGCCUUCCAUCCUGAUCAGCGAUACGUGAGGAAGUUCAUGAAGCCACUGCUGCUGGGAGAGUUGACACCGUCAGAGCCCAGUCAAGAUCACGGCAAAAAUGCUGCUUUAAUGGAAGAUUUCCGGGACUUGCGUAAGAGGUUGGAAUCACAGGGCUUGUUCCGCACCAGUCCACUGUUUUUUAUCCUAUAUCUUGGCCACAUUCUGCUCUUGGAGGCCCUGUCUGUGGCACUCCUUUGGAAUUUUGGCAAUGGCUGGAUAAUUUCACUUCUAAUAUCUGUCUUGCUGGCCACUUCACAGGCUCAGGCUGGAUGGCUUCAGCAUGACUUUGGCCACCUGUCAGUCUUUAAAAAUUCCACUUGGGAUCACCUAGUGCACAAAUUUAUCAUUGGACACCUGAAGGGGGCUUCUGCAAAUUGGUGGAACCAUCGCCACUUUCAGCACCAUGCUAAGCCCAAUAUUGUCAGUAAAGACCCUGACGUCAACAUGUUGAACAUACUGGUCUUGGGAAAAAUCCUGCCUGUUGAGUAUGGGAUUAAAAAGGUGAAGCACAUGCCAUAUAACCAUCAGCAUCGGUAUUUCUUUUUGGUUGGCCCUCCCCUGCUCAUACCAUUGUACUUUAACCUGCACGUUAUGCAGACCAUGUAUUUGCAACGGGAUUGGGUGGAUUUUGCAUGGUUUUUGUCCUACUAUGCACGUUACUUGAUGUUUUAUUCUCCAUAUUAUGGAAUUCUGGGAUCGCUUGUGCUUCUAACUUUUGUAAGGUUUAUGGAAAGUCAUUGGUUUGUGUGGGUGACCCAGAUGAAUCACAUUCCCAUGGACAUUGACCACGAUAAACACGACGAUUGGCUCAGCAUGCAGUUGAAAGCUACUUGUAAUAUUGAGCAUUCACAGUUCAAUGAUUGGUUCAGCGGCCACCUCAACUUCCAGAUUGAGCACCAUCUAUUCCCCAUGAUGCCGCGCCAUAACUAUAGCCGUGCGUCUCCUCAAGUACGAGAACUCUGUGAGAAGUAUGGAAUUCAGUACCAGGUCAAAGGCCUGUGGGAAUCCUGGUGUGACAUUGUCAGGUCUUUGAAGAAAUCUGGUGAGCUGUGGCUAGAUGCCUACCUCCACAAAUAAUCAUCUUACCUGUUGUUUAAAAUGACAUCUACAGUGUAAUAAUUCUUAAAAACAUCUACAUUUCAACUAUAUACACAGUAGUGGCAAUAAUACUGUAGGACUUUAAUUUGAUUUUAGUAGUAUGCAUUGUAAGCCUUUUUGCCUUUGAAUUUAGAUUUUAAUCUCAUGAUCCAUGUCCUGUAUGCUGAAACUAAUGUAUUAUUUGUUAAUGAAUUGGGACAACAAGCCUCUCUCCAGAAAUAACAUUUAUAAUACCUUUUCAUGCUCAUGUUAACAUCAGAAUUAAAAUGAUGGUGCUGGACCUCUAGAUUCUAAUGUUAUAAUAGUUUCUUAUAUUAUAAAUAAUUUUCUAAUAACAUCUUUUUAUUGAACAGUUUUUAAAUAGUUCGAAAAAACACUUAAUCUUAGUAAAACUCAUUAGAUAACAUUGAAAUUAAAUGUGCGUUACUAAGUAAAUUUAAAACCGUCAACAACAUUUGUUGUUUAUUUUAUUUUAUUAUUUUUUUAUUUUUUUAUUUUUUUUCAUUUUGGUCAUCAUGUCUUCUUGUGAGCAGCCAUAUUCAAUCCUUGUUGUUUGAGACAGAAAUCAUGAAUGUGACUCAUGUAUAUCAUAGCUGAAAUCUUGUUAUAUCACUAAUUUUUAGAAUACCUGUAAUGUCUGCAGACAUUAAGAAUGGCUCUGAUAAAGCUUCUAAAGGUAUGAAGGCAUCUUCAUGGUUAUCUAGUAUAUGGUACCCUCCUUUUUUCCUUCUCAACCCUCCUCCCUUUGUUUCACAAAUGGCCCCACUACAACUCAUGAGAGUUCCAGUUCCAGUGAGACCAGACUCAUUCCCUUUGAUACCUGAACCCCAGGAGGAGUCUCAGACCUCUAGAGCCAAUAGCUACUCUUCUAAGAGACUUUGGAAAGUGUUUGUGAUGGCUUGACAAUGACCUGGCCCUGUACUCAAUAAUCCACUGUAGCCUACCUCUACUGGAUGAAUAUUGACACUCCAGCCACAGAGCAAUCUAAGCUAUUAUCUAAGAUGUCCAUGAGGUUCAGAGUACAAGGUUUGUCCAGAGGUUUUAAAGAAGCAAUCUCAGCUAGGAAACACAGCCUUUAGCAUCUUCCAAUACUGUCCCGUUCCCAGCUGUCUCUGGUAUCUGAUAUAAGGAGUUUGGCAUGAUUCUUUUUUCUACAAAAGGUUAAAGAAAGUCGUUUAGAGGGAGAAGAGGCAGGUACUGUGUUGUAGUUCCGAUACAGCUUCUAGACAUAUGAGCGUCUUGUUCUGCUGCCAGGUGUAUCAGCCAUGUUGUAGAUCUGUCUGGCAGUCAAGCAGAUUCAGUUUUGAUGGUGAUACACAGAGUGGCAAAUAUAAAAUAGAAUGGACAAUAAUUGUUAAUUGGAAUAGGAAUAGGAUUAUUAUCUGUCUGUAUGCAUCUCAUUCUCUAAAUAAAUACAUUAUUUUAAACCUUUACUGUAUGGUCAGGUCUGAGGCUUUACUUACAGUACUUCAUCCUUACAUACAUACAUGAGGCAUUCAAAUGAAUUACACUGUAUUAUAUAAUGAACCAUUUCUAAAAUCUUUUUUCUUGUCAUUUCUGGGGCAUUGGAUUUUAAGUGUGUUAUGAUAGACAUAUGUAAACAUGUGGAUGAUAGACUGAAAGCCUUGAAAACUGUGAUAAGUAAAAAAUAAAACGCAAAGCGACAUCAAA